GAGAUCUUCUUCCGCUCUGAGGCGCCGCCGGGGUCGCGGAGUAGGACUGCGCUGGGGCAGAAAGAGCCGGGGCCGUGGAUGACAUGGAGCAGGAGGAAUCACCCCUGCCCUGUGUGGGCACGAACAUGGCCGUGGACACGUAGGCACCAGGCGGCAGGACGCUGGGCCACUUUGGAGUGGCUGGCUCUUACUCUCUUCAGGGUUUGCCCUGGUCCUCUCCGCUACACAGCGUGGAGCUGAGGGCCAGGAGACCCUCUGGAACCUUCAUUCAUUCAACAGUCAGUUAUGAAGCACCUGUUAUGUGCUGGGCGCUAGGAAGACAGCAGUGAGCGAGUCAGAUAACGCCCCUGCAGCCAUGGAGUUUACAGUUUAAUGAGAAAGUGUCAACAGUAAAAUCAAACACCGUGCCGCUGAGGCCCCGCCCUGAGGUGCGGCCCACCAGGAUGAGCAAACUGCCCGGGGAGCUGGCCCGAGACUUGGAGCGCAGCCUGCCCGCCGUGGCCUCCCUGGGCUCGUCGCUGUCCCACAGCCAGAGCCUGUCGUCGCACUUCCUCCCGCCGCCUCCGGAGAAGCGCCGGGCCAUCUCUGAUGUCCGCCGCACCUUCUGUCUCUUUGUCACCUUCGACCUGCUCUUCAUCUCCCUGCUCUGGAUCAUUGAGCUGAACACCAACACAGGCAUCCAGAAGAACCUGGAGCAGGAGAUCAUCCACUACAACUUUAAAACCUCUUUCUUUGACAUCUUUGUCCUGGCCUUCUUCCGCUUCUCUGGACUGCUCCUGGGCUACGCCCUGCUGCGACUCCGGCACUGGUGGGUGAUUGCGGUCACUACAUUGGUGUCCAGCGCAUUCCUCAUUGUCAAGGUCAUCCUCUCUGAGCUGCUCAGCAAAGGGGCAUUUGGCUACCUGCUCCCCAUUGUGUCCUUUGUCCUCGCCUGGUUGGAGACCUGGUUCCUCGACUUCAAAGUCCUACCCCAGGAGGCCGAGGAGGAACGAUGGUAUCUUGCUGCCCAGGCUGCUGUCGCCCAUGGGCCCCUGCUGUUCUCCGGCGCUCUGUCCGAGGGCCAGUUCUAUUCACCCCCAGAAUCCUUUGCAGGGUCUGACAAUGAAUCAGAUGAAGAAGUUACUGGGAAGAAAAGUUUCUCUGCCCAGGAACGGGAGUACAUCCGCCAGGGGAAGGAGGCCACAGCGGUGGUGGACCAGAUCUUGGCCCAGGAGGAGAACUGGAAGUUUGAGAAGAAUAAUGAAUACGGGGACACUGUGUACACCAUUGAGGUUCCCUUUCACGGCAAGACGUUCAUCCUCAAAACCUUCCUGCCCUGCCCCGCGGAGCUGGUAUACCAGGAAGUGAUGCUGCAGCCCGAGAGGAUGGUGCUGUGGAACAAGACGGUGACCGCCUGCCAGAUCCUCCAGCGAGUAGAAGACAACACCCUCAUCUCCUACGACGUGUCUGCAGGGGCCGCGGGUGGUGUGGUCUCCCCAAGGGACUUUGUGAAUGUCCGGCGCAUUGAGCGGCGCAGGGACCGAUACCUGUCAUCGGGCAUUGCCACCAUACACAGUGCCAAGCCCGCCACGCACAAAUACGUCAGGGGAGAGAAUGGUCCUGGGGGCUUCAUCGUGCUCAAGUCGGCCAGUAACCCCCGAGUCUGCACCUUCAUCUGGAUUCUCAACACAGAUCUCAAGGGCCGCCUGCCCCGGUACCUCAUCCACCAGAGCCUCGCCGCCACCAUGUUUGAAUUUGCCUUUCACCUGCGGCAGCGCAUCGGAGAGCUGGGGGCGCGCGUGUGACCAUGCCUCCUUGCCCACCCUGCAGGCCAGGGUCCUGUCGCCACAGCCUCCAGAGCCAGAAAGGGGGGCAGCCGGGCUUCCCACUGCCCAUGCAGGACGUGGCCCCAAG